GGCGGGGCUUCUCUGCGGGGAAGCAAGUGAAGACCGGAGAGCUCUCGCGCCUCAAUGUUUCUCAUCAGUCUCGCGCAGACGACAUCAAAGGAAGCCGAGCUCAUUAACAUCAAACAAACCGAUCAACACCAAGUCGCUACUUUGUUUGUGGACUCGUCGUUUGUUUAUUCUUGUUGACUUGUUUUCGACUCGCACGAGGACGCCGCUCACCUGGAGGACACCUGGAGUCAUCGACGCUGUUUUAUUCCGGAUGCGUCUUCCGGCGGACGCGCGCGUCGAGCAGCAGGAGGCCCAGUGAUGCUGCCCGGCUCCCUCCACCCGGCUUCAGCGGCCAGCAGUCACGCCAGCCAGCGGCGCCGGUUCCUCGGCCCCCACAACACGCCGGAGGAGGACGAUGAGACCAUGAGCACGGAUGAGCGAGAAGCCGGCGGGGUCCACGAGCCGGACUCCGCCCGCCGGCCGGCUCCGGGGCGCGCCGCCUUCGCCGAGGACCCCCCGUUCCCCUACCCGCCGGGCUCCGCCGGCUUCUGCUGGUACCAGCCGCCCGGCCGCCUGCCCGCCGCGUACAGCCAGCCCACGCCGUUCCCCAGCCGGGCCGACGGCGCCUGGCACCACCCGAGCUUCGCCAGCGGCUGGUCGGGGUACCCCAGCAGCCUGCCGUCCUCUCUGAACCAGAAGGACCGGUCCCACGGCCCCGGGGACGCGAGCAGCCUCUCGGGGUACAAGUCCGUGUCCCUGCCGGGCCGGCGCAGCCCGAAUCCGAGCAGCCUGGAGCAGCCGCUGUCGCUGUGCUCCAACCCGCCGUCCGGCAACUUGUGCCACCACACCUUGUCUCCGUACUCGUGCCCACCGCAGGGAGCCGCCUGCUGCGCCCAGUGCCCUGCAGACGGCUUCCAAGGGGGGCCCGCGGGGGCGUGGCCUCAGUGCCACCCGGACUACGGCCCCUACGGCGCCUGCAGACCCUCAUUCGGAUUCUCUUCGCCACGCGUCGCUCCGGCUAAAGAGAAGCAGCCGGCUCACAGCGCGUCGCUCUCGCCGGAGCAGAGGAGGGUUUUCGUCACCUACGAAGCCGACGACGACAAACACGUCAACGAGAUCAUCAACUUCGUGGCUCUGCUGCGACACAACGGCUUCGACACGCACAUCGAUAUCUUCGAGCAGCAGUUCAGGAGCAUCAGCAAGAUCGACUUCAUGGAGCGCUACCUGAGCGAGAAAGAGUACCUGAUCAUCAUCAUCAUCAGUCCCAAGUACUACGAGACCGUGACGGCGUCCCCCGUCGGUCUGGAGAACGACGAGCGGACCUUCAACACCGUCUACAUCCACAAACAGCUCCAGAACGAGUUCAUCCAGAACGGGAGCAAGAACUUCCGCUUCAUCCCCGUCGUGUUUCCCCGAGCCAAGAAGAGCCACGUCCCGAACUGGCUGCAGAACACACACGUGUACGAGUGGCCGCUCCACCGGGACGACAUCCUGCGGCGGCUGAUGAGGGUCGAGAAGUACGUCUCGCCUCCGAUCGGGGCGCUGCCCACCAUCGUGUCCAUCCCCAUAUAGAGAGACCCCCAGAGAGAGACCCCCAGAGAGAGACCCCCAUAGAGAGAGACCCUUAUAGAGAGAGA